CCAAUCGUUCUCUGAGGCUCUUGGAAGCAAGCAAGCAAAGCCAACAAGAGAGGAUUGUAUCUGGGAUUGAAGAAGACAAGACAUAGAGAUAGAGAGAGAGAAGCGAUGGGCAGCACAAGCACGGCUUCUGCUGCUCUAUUUCACCAUUUCCAGCUCACCAGUAUCAACCUGGAUUCCCCUAGAAAGCCUCCGUACAACACCGUGAGUUUCAGCAAUUCGUGGAAGGAAAGUGGACCCCGACACGGUGUGACGCGACGCCGUAGCCAAAGGUUAGACCCGGUGGUCCGCUUUUCAGCUUUCGGUGAAAAUUCCGGAGACUCACCUACGGAAACCACUCCAGGCGUUGGCUCUGCUCUUGAAGACAGACCAGCUGUGGAAGAUGCGUCCUUUGAGCAAGAAGACAAAACAAGUUCCAUCUAUGGAUUUCUUUAUCCAGAUAAAGAGGAGCUCCCUGAUGACAAAGAGAUGACUAUAUUCGAUCAUCUUGAGGAGCUCCGUGAGAGAAUAUUCGUCUCGGUUUUAGCUGUGGGAGCUGCAAUCUUGGGAUGCUUCGCCUACUCCAAAGAUCUAAUCGUGUUUCUCGAAGCUCCCGUCAAAACACAAGGUGUACGGUUUCUGCAGCUAGCUCCAGGCGAGUUUUUCUUCACAACUUUAAAGGUCUCGGGUUAUUGUGGGCUUCUACUAGGGAGUCCAGUGAUACUGUAUGAGAUUAUAGCUUUUGUACUUCCUGGUUUGACACGAGCUGAGAGAAGGUUUCUGGGGCCAAUUGUGUUUGGUUCCUCCUUGUUGUUCUAUGCUGGACUUGCCUUCUCCUACUGGGUUUUAACCCCUGCUGCCUUGAAUUUCUUUGUCAACUACGCUGAAGGUGUGGUUGAAUCUCUCUGGUCUAUCGACCAGUACUUUGAGUUUGUACUUGUGCUUAUGUUCAGCACCGGCCUGUCUUUCCAGGUUCCAGUAAUUCAGUUACUCCUGGGACAAGUAGGGGUGGUGUCGGGAGAUCAAAUGCUUUCAAUAUGGAGAUAUGUAGUGGUGGGUGCGGUGGUUGUAGCAGCUGUGGUCACGCCCUCGACAGACCCUGUCACUCAGAUGCUCCUAGCAACACCGCUUCUGGGCCUCUACUUGGGUGGUGCUUGGAUGGUCAAGCUCACAGGUCGGUGAAGAACUUGGCUGUUCAAAGAAAGACAAAAAAAAAUCAUGUGUAUCUUGUAGAGUAUAUCACUUUUCCAUGCAAGAAACCACAGUUUGGUAUCUAAAGCGUUUAUCUGAAA